AUUUAUAUAGGUAAAUGACAAUGGAACUUGGAUAUGUAAUCAAAUUGAGCGUCUACAAAUAGAAACAGUAAAUCACAAACUUCUUUUACGCGCACAAGAGCUCAAAGGUAAUAACGGUAUAUCCUUCAAAUGAAAAUGAAUUCUUUACUAGUCAAGGCUUCGUUUUACUGUUUUGCAUUCCAAUUUUUUUUUGCCAACGGAGCUUAUAGGAGAACUGUUACAAUACAUAAUGGAAAUAUUAUAUUGGAAGCAAGACCAGCUGAAUUUGGUUUCGGUUUUGGAGAAGAUACAAAAGUAAUAGAAAUAACAAAUAUGAGAUUUGUCUUUGUAAUAAUUUUUUGUUCAACAUUGCUUUAAUUUUCAAUCAGUUUACCGGAAUUGCUGUUAAGUCAAUACCAGAAAAUGGUUGUGAUAUGUAUCAUAAUCCUUCAGCAGUGAGAGGAAACGUAGCAAUCGUCCGAAGGGGUGGUUGCUUUUUUUCUUCAAAGGCUCUUUUUGCGCAAUUAUCGGGGGCUAUUGCUGUUGUUAUCUUAGAUAACCUUAAUCCUGGGAGUAUUGGCGCUUUUAGUGGUUUUUUCGCAACAAAAACGAUGGCUGCAAAUUCUUGUGUUCGAGAUAAUGAUAUUAUAAUACCUGUUGCUGGUCUUGAUAAAAAUGAUGCUUAUACUUUGACUACUAAAAUGGAUUUGGGCAGUACUGUAAUUACUGUAUCAGCUAAUGCGUUUUUGAGUGCUGUUGAUGAUUCUUGUUCAUCGAGUUCGAGUUGUAAGGGUAAUCCAAAAGCAAUGAAAUGCUCUUUUGGUGUAUGUGUCUGCCUGACCGGUUUUGAAAGGGUAUUAAAUAAUGGAACUUGGAUUUGUAAUCAAAGUCAGGAAAUUGAUUGGUCUGGUUCAUGCUCAUAUAAAACAUUUGGGUCUUCGUGUGACGAAGGAGAUGUUUGCAACGGUUUUCCUAGUGUAGUUUGUAUAAGUGGUAGAUGUAGCAAUUCUGAAACGCCUAUAUUUACAACUGAACUCCCAACAACUCAAGCAACACCAGAUAUUCAAAAGUGGAAUUGCAGUAAUAGCUAUUAUUCUGAUGGAUUAGGUGAGCUAUAGGAAAUUUUCCAUAAAGGUUUUAAGUUAAAUGAUUGAUCUACAGUGAUUAAUUCAAGAUUAUUAAUAAAUCGUUCAAUAUAAAUCUCUCUUUGUCUUGACAGUUCGAUGUAUUCAUUUAACAAGACUGAAAGGCGAGGUCUUUCCAACACCAUCAGGUUCGGCUGAUAAAGUGGAGAUAUAUAGAAAUAAAGGUCACUGCAGUACAAAGUGUAUGAAUUCAAAUAGUUGCAUUGGAAUAGCUUUAUUUCAAGGAAAAUGCUCAAUUUUAAAAGAUAAUACUAACUUAAAUACUUUAAAGAUCGCGGGUUGGAAAUUAUACUCAAUAAAGAAUUAAAAUUGAAAAGUAUUAACUUUACUUACCUAAAGUAUUUGUCAACUAAUUCUUUAAGUUGAAUGGUCCAUCCUGGGAGGUUGGGAUGCACUAAUAAUACACGAUGUUGUAUUAAAAGUAGUAAUGAUUUUUCCUGUUGUGAUUAAAUAAAAACAUGUUAUAUUUGUAGCUGCGUUUUAAAUUUUCAAUAAAAGUGAUAGUCUUUAAAAUGAA